GUACAACUCCCUAUGAUUGGGACGAUCGUUUCGAGAAACAAGGACGGCACGUACCGGCAAGGCCCAAUUCGGGGUCUUGGCGGUCCUUUCAACACAGCGACUGAAUUCUUCAAAGCAUGGGCGGCCAAGAGCACGUUCGGCAUGACGGACGAAAACUUACGAACGGCAUCUGGUCAAUAUGCUGACGAGAUUAUCCCCUCUGUCUCAUCCUUUCCAAAAUCCAUUACCAACCUUGCUACUAGACUCUCAGCUCACGACCACGGCCCAUUCCCUCUUUGCCACGGCGACUUUGGCCACAACAAUAUCAUUGUUGACGAUGAGUAUUGUGUCCUUGGUUUGAUUGACUGGGAGGCAUCCUUUGCUGGGCUGUGGGAGAUGUUUGCAGAUUCUCCCUUAACCCUCUUGAUGGUUCCGCCAGCAAUCGAUGUGCUGUGGAAUUACAAUGACCAAGGCGAUCCUGUGACUGACGAACUGAGAGAGCAGCUUGCAGACCAGAAAAGCUAUGUGGCGGCUGUGAAAGAAGUCGAGGAUAGCACGGGAACAGGCAAUUUACUAUCGGACGGGCUAAAGGAUUGGAGAACACAGCAGCUGGUGACCGCGAUGAGGCUAUACCAGAGAGGAAAGGUCGGGCGGCAUUCCAAACUAAUCAAUGAGUUUACAUAG